AUGCCUGGACCGCAGCUUGAUUCCCAGAAAUCAUACAGCCCCAAGGAAAUCUUCGACCUGUUUUUCACAAACAAUGCCAUUACAACGCUGUGUAUCAACACAAAUAAAUAUGCUGCCCGGAAGAUUGCGGAGGGUGCAAAGAUGCGGUGGAAAGAGGUGAAGCCAUCUGAGAUGUGCAACUAUUUGAGCAUUGUGCUGUAUCUCGGCCUGGUCAAGGUGACCGCUGCAAGGGACUUGUGGAAGAAAGAAAACUUUUUCAAGUUUCCCUAUCCUCGCAGUGUCAUGAAAGGCUACAGGUAUGAGGCCAUCACAGCAAAUUUACACAUGAGUGACCCAGCUGCUGAUGUGGUAAAUGACCAGCUCCGUGGUCAGCCUGGGUAUGAUGGCCUUUUCCGCCUGAAGCCUCUUCAUGAUGACAUCCUCACGGCCUGCAGGACACACUACCACCCACACAAGAACCUGUCAGUGGAUGAGCGAAUGGUAGCCACAAAGGCACGGAACGGGAUGAAACAGUACAUGAAGGACAAGACCACCAAGUGGGGCUACAAGCUGUUUGUCCUGGCAGUGGUUACACACAACUUCUACACCAGCACCAAGCUUUUCAGCCAUCUACACCAGGUGCGGUUUGGGGCCUGUGGGACCAUCCGGGAGAACCGUGUGGGGUUUCCACGGACAACAGACAAUGCGCUGGGCAAGAAGGCUGCCAGAGGGGACAUGCGCUGGAUACGCAAGGGCUCCUUGCUUUAUGUAAAGUGGAAGGACACACGUGACGUUACCAUGUGUUCCACGAUACACAAAGCGAACAGUGGGCAGAGUGUGCAGCGCCGUGUCCGCAACCCCGAUGGUACCUGGUCCAGGAGGGAGUUUCCUGUGCCUGAUGCAGUCAAGCAGUACAACAAGAGCAUGGGGGGGGUGGACCUCUCUGAUGCUCUCAUAAAAUAUUUCUCUGUUACCCGGAAAACAAGCCGCUGGUACCUGAAGUUCUUUCUACACUUUGUAGAUAAUGCGGUGGUGAACAGUUUCCUCAUCCACAAGGAGAUGGCAGAGAUGAAGAACCAGAAACCCCUCACCCAGAAGAAAUUCAGGAUUGCACUGUGUGAGCAGCUGGGUAAAGUUGGGAAGGAGCUGGCAUCCAACGAGGCAUCCACGGACCACGUCCCAUUGGAAGCCUGCGGACUCUUCAAUGAUCCACACCUGAAAGCCACCAAGGGGAGGAGGAAGUGCCGAAUCUGCAAGUCAUCCACUAUAUGGCUAUGUGAGGCUUGUGACGUGCCCCUGUGCAUUAUCCCAGGGCGGUGUUGCUUCAGAUUUUGGCACAAGCGUGUCUGA